CUCCUCCCUCGAGCUGUCACUCAGCACAAUCGCACCCGGACGGAAGCGCUGGGAGGGGGAGACAGUCAGUUGCACGCUCGAAACCGAUCCGAAUAAUAAAAAUUCACGCGACAGCAGAGAGGAUAUUGCCAUGUGAAGCAAGCCGAGGCUUUUUCUUUUGCACGUUGUCACCGUUCGCAAAGCUCGAGGAGACGGCGGGAAGGGGGCGACAGUCGGUCUCGGGAGCGACGCGCUGCGCGUACACGCGCCGUCUCUGCGCAUUGGGCUGGAUCUCCAGCCUGCACCCGCCCGGGCUGCCUUUUUUGGGGUUCGCUCGGAAGCCUUGCUGAUGAGCUAGGUUGCUCAAAUCUGUGGAGCUUUUCUACAUUUUUUUUUCAACGUUUUGAAUCUUUCCGUGACCGUUUUUUUUUCCCCGUCACGCCAGUUACACUUGGCGUUUCCCCCCCGUGGAAGAUGGAGCGUACCGAGGCGGUGCAGUGCCGCUACUACUAGUAGGAGACUGCAGCUGCCUGGACUCCGGGGGUUUAGGAAGAGGCUCGUUGCCGGACCGUCCGCCCUUUGGGGAGCCCGGGGUCGCGGUUCAGGUUCGAGGGGGCGUUGCUCGUGCCGGUGCCGCUUGCGGGACGUGCUCGCGAGGCACGAGCUUCAGCAGCGAGCGGGGUGUCUCGAGAAGAGGGUCGCUGCAGUGUGAUGCAUUAAGGAAAAAAAAAACACACACACACACUUGAUAGCGAAGCGGUUAGCUAGACACCUAGGCUAGGCCACGUUUUUCACAUCAUGUCGAGGGCAACGUUGGUGUAGCUACUAGCGGGAACAGCUGCACGCCUCGUUGCUUUUAAGAAAAAAAAAAAAAUCUUUCUUUGCGCUUCCCGCCCCCCCCUCCUCCUCUCUCUCUAUCGCGCGCUGCAGAACCGGAGGAGCGCGCGGCGGCGGCGCGACUCGAGCGCAUUGAUUGAUUGAGUUCGCCGUGGAGCGAAGAGAGGGGGUGUCCUGGGGUAUUUAGUUGUCUUUAGUUAAUCCGGUCGUCGGGUGGUAUUUGUGUGUUAAACAUGGCUACUGCCGGCAGCAUCGCCGCGUCCAUAGCGAGCAAGACGAAGACGAAGAAGAAGCACUUCGUGGCUCAGAAAGUGAAGCUGUUCCGGGCCAGCGACCCGCUCCUCAGCGUGCUCAUGUGGGGGGUCAACCACUCGAUCAAUGAACUCAGCCAUAUUCAGAUUCCCAUUAUGCUGAUGCCAGAUGAUUUUAAAGCCUAUUCCAAGAUCAAAGUGGACAACCAUCUCUUCAACAAGGAGAAUAUGCCAAGCCAUUUUAAAUUUAAAGAGUACUGCCCUCUUGUCUUUCGAAACUUAAGGGAACGGUUUUCCAUCGAUGACCAGGACUUUCAGAACUCCCUUACUCGGAGUGCGCCCAUACCCAGCGACGCACAGGGUCGCAGCGGAGCGCGGUUCCAUACCUCCUACGACAAGAGGUACGUUAUCAAGAUCAUCACCAGCGAGGACGUGGCUGAGAUGCACAACAUCCUCAAGAAGUACCACCAGUUUAUCGUGGAAUGCCAUGGCAACACGCUGCUCCCGCAGUUCCUCGGCAUGUACCGCCUCACCGUGGACGGGGACGAGACCUAUAUGAUUGUCACGCGCAAUGUUUUCAGCCACCGCCUGUCUGUCUACAAGAAGUAUGACCUCAAAGGUUCUACGGUGGCCAGAGAGGCAAGUGACAAGGAGAAGCAGCCGCGUCCGCACGAGGAGGCCGCACCGCCCAAAUCGCGCAUGAGCCAAAAGCUGCAAACGAUCAGGAUCGCCACGCGUUUUUACUGCGCCAUCAAACACACUAAGGAGCUUCCCACAUACAAAGACAACGACUUCAUCAACGACGGCCAAAAGAUUUAUAUUGAUGAGGACAACAAGAAGAUGUUCCUUGAUAAGCUAAAGAAAGACGUCGAGUUCUUGGCGCAGCUCAAGUUGAUGGACUACAGUCUGCUGGUGGGGAUCCACGAUGUGGAGCGGGCUGAGCAGGAGGAGGUGGAGAGCGAGGACAACGAGGGAGAGGAGGAAGGGGAGAGCGACGGCGGUGCGGUCGGCACCCCGCCCGACAGCCCCAGCAACACCCUGGACAGCACUAGGCCCCUGGGUCCCGGAGAGUUCGACCCCACCAUAGACGUAUACGCCAUUAAGAGCCACGACAAUUCACCGAGAAAGGAGGUCUACUUCAUGGCGGUGAUCGACAUCCUCACCCACUACGACGCGAAGAAGAAGGCGGCCCACGCGGCCAAGACCGUGAAGCACGGGGCCGGAGCCGAGAUCUCCACGGUCAACCCCGAGCAGUACUCCAAGAGGUUCUACGAGUUCAUCGCCACCAUUCUGUCGUAGCGGGGAUGGGCCGCCGGCGAUGGGGACGGCGUGGAGUCGAUGGGGCCGAGAGGGACCCGAGCGGCAGGAAGGCAGACGCGCGCACGUUUCCACCUCGGGGCGACCGUCUCGGCAGCUAUGUCCACAGUUUGUUUACAUUUAUUUUUCUUUCCUUUGUUUCGCUUGUUUUGUGGGAACCGAAGGGUGAGAAAGGAAAAUUAAAAUAUAUAUAAAUAUAUAUAUGAAUACCCAAAAGGUGGUAAUAUGUGGGAAUUUGGCUGUUCUUGUUUUGUGUGAUGUGUGUUUCUCCUCCCAGCAUUUCUGAGUUUCCUCUUUAUUGUUUCGGUUGUUCUCUUUAAUGGAAAAUUAAAUGAGGAACUUUUAGGUGCGGGGGGGGGAGGUCGCAGAUAAAAGCGAACGUGUUCCACUUGGAGAAGAGACUGAAGACAUCCGGGACUUGCCUCUGGACUGGAUUUUGAAUAUUGUUUGUUUGGUUUCUUUUGUGUUUUUAAAAAAAAACUUUUUUCUUUUUAAAGGAAGUAGUUUUACAGUGAUUUUAAGGUGUAUGCCCAUGCAGGGCCAGCGGGCACAGAGAGGGAGCAGAAGGAGCUGCGGGUGCGGCCGUUUUGCGAUUUUAAAAAAAAAAAUGAAAUAAAUGAAAAGAAUAAAGAAAAUAACAAGCUCCACCUUAGCACCGUGGAGCAGUCUUCCAUGAAGUGGUGUUGUGUCGCCUGCUUCAGCUCCCACCACCCGUAGCUCCCCUCUCGACGACGGCCAUCAUCUUCAUCCUCAUCCUCCCGUCUCCCAAGGAGACCGGUAACGGCGCCGGGCAGCGCCGAGCCCUCCGGCUCCUGGCCGCGGCGUGGGCUCUGCCCUCCCGACAGGAAGUCGUCCGCUUUCUUCCGUUCGCUCCUCCGCUUACUCGCUGGCACGUGCAGAACGCAUUUGUGCUCAUCCUUCUCGUUCUUACUCUAGGUUUUGUUGUAUUUUUCCCCCCUCCGUUUUGUGUCCCCUCCCCUUGUUUAACUGUUGAAUAUUCUAUUGCCUCCAGAUGGAGUGCUGGAUUGAGUGUUACUGCCAGGCGAACUGCAGUUUACCUGUCAUAUUGUUGCAUUUAUAUAUAUAUAUAUAUUUGUUUUUUUUUUUUGUUUUUUUUGUUUUUUUGUUUUUUUUGUUCUAGUAUCACAUCAAGUUUGGAAGUAGUUGGCUGUUACAGAAUGUUUUUAUUUUCAUCGUCGUAACACCUCGUCGGUCACGUGACUGUACCGUUCAUUCAAUUCUGCUUUUAAAUGGAGUCAUUCACUAUUUCCAAACAAUGUUUCCAGAUAAAUAUCUGUAUAUUUUGCACAUGAUCAAAUGCACCUAAAUUGCAAAUGAUCCCAGUAGUUACCAUGACCUUUACAAGGGAACUGCAAUACUGGUACCAAGUAAAGUUAAACUGUAGCCUACUCUGGUAUGGUUUUAGGCAGUAGGUGGUCUCACGCUGUACAAUUUGUCCUCUUGACUAUUUGGCUCAAUAUUACUGUUAUUUUGUAACUCAUGCAGAAGACUAGCGCACGUUUAGUUUUCUUUGGAUAUGUGGGCUAUAUAAUCUAUUUUUACAUUCCAUUUUAUUCACCGCAUCUUUGUGAGUAUUUUACAUGCCACCCAGCGUAAGUGUUCUGAUAAACUGUAUGAAGGA